UGGUGGAAGGGCUAGGACAAAGCUCCAAGAGAAUAAAUGAGUAUAUAAAUGAAAAAAAAAAAAAAGUCAUGGGCUAUGCAAGUCUAUUCUAAAAUUGCACUGACAUGUUGGGCAAAGUUUUGCCAAAUAUUGCAUUAAUAUUACCACUGGAAAACUUUUUUUCCCCUCGGAUUAUCAGCACAGUUCAUUCAAUUCAGAUCAUAAAAAUUGUACCUUAAAUUUGUAACUGCCAAAUUUUUUUUUGGUGUGUAUUUAGCCAAUACUUACUGAGCACUUACUCUGUAGGAGGCACUGUUUUAUGUAAAUUUUAUGUAGAAACAACUUCAGAGCAACAUUUUGUUUCAAACUUAGGUUCUGAAAUUUUGAAACCAGGGAAGAAUUUUUUGUUGUUGUUUUAAUGAAGAUUCAUCUGAGUCAUUUUAUUGGUUUGAUUUUGUGUUGUCAAUAAAUUUAAAAUCACUAAAUGGCAAUUUAUCUCGCCCUUCUAUUGUAUUUUAGCAUGUACUUAUUUGUUUCUAUGAAAAAGAUUUUUAAAAGUAGAUGAUACAAAUGAAUACGUUUGUUUCCAAAUGAACCAAACAGAAAUGAAAGGGUAAGAAGAGAAUUUCAUGACUAGCAAAUUGGGGAAGGAUAAUCUAAUCUCCCAGAGGUUGGCAAAUUCUGUUGUUUACUAAUAAAUACCUGUUUAGUGUGCUCUUUAACACUGCUGUAGAGGAAAAAAGACGAAGCCAGCCUCUUAAAGUAGUUGUAAACUACUUAACUUUCCAAGUAAAGCUUUUAGAAUAUUUUGUAGGUAUGCCUUUUUUGUUGUUGGUAUUCCUGUUUUAAAGUGCAGCUUUUUGAAGUGGACGGGUUACAUGUUGCAUAAGCUUUGAAACGGCCAAAAACAAGUUAAAUAGCCACCUUUAUUUACAGCUGUUGGACUAGGUAUUAGAUCUCUUCCAGGAAGAAAAUUUGAUUAAUGGCUUUUUUCCAAAGUGGGGACAAUUGCAGACUUUUCUUCCGCAGAGCGUGAAAUGUGCCUCUUCCUGCCGAGGGGCCUUGUCCUAGCCGCGGCUACCGGGGCGGUUUCCAGCCUCAGGUGUCUCUCGCCGUGGGCCGCGGCCGCUCUCCGGGGCGGGCGUCCGGGACUUCCUGUCUGAACGCGGGGCGGAAGGAUCGCGUUGCCAGCCGAGGCGGCCGCCGCCGCCGCCGCCGCCGCCGCCGCCCCUGCCGUUAGGUGGUGGGGUUUCUCAGCCCCGCGGCGGGAGGCGGGCCGGCCUCGGCUUCCUGUCGGAGGACGCGCAAGGAUCCGGGCGUCUGAGUGUGUGCGAGUGCGUGAGUGUGUGUCGGUCGCACGGCGUGUAUCUCCGGCCGUGGGUUCCGCCUCCUCCCCUGCUGCCGCUGCUCACGGUGUAAGUCAAUGUGAAGCAGCAGCUCCAGCCCCGGGAUAAACAUGGCGACGUCUCUGCAUGAGGGACCCACGAACCAGCUGGAUCUGCUCAUCCGGGCUGUGGAAGCAUCAGUUCAUAGCAGUAAUGCACACUGUACAGAUAAGACCAUUGAAGCUGCUGAAGCCCUGCUUCAUAUGGAAUCUCCUACCUGCUUAAGGGAUUCAAGAAGUCCUGUGGAAGUGUUUGUCCCUCCUUGUGUAUCAACUCCAGAAUUUAUCCAUGCUGCUAUGAGGCCAGAUGUCAUUACAGAAACUGUAGUGGAGGUGUCAACUGAAGAAUCCGAACCAAUGGAUACCUCUCCUAUUCCCACAUCACCAGACAGCCAUGAACCAAUGAAAAAGAAAAAAGCUGAAAGGGCUUCGCAGAUUACCACAUCCUCUGCAAUAGUUGGCCGUAAACCAAAGACCCAGCAAUCACCAAUUUCCAAUGGGUCUCCUGAGUUAGGUAUAAAGAAGAAACCCAGAGAAGGCAAAGGAAACACAACCUAUUUGUGGGAGUUUCUCUUAGAUCUACUUCAAGAUAAAAAUACUUGUCCUCGGUAUAUUAAGUGGACUCAGAGAGAAAAAGGCAUAUUCAAGCUUGUGGAUUCCAAGGCUGUCUCUAAGCUUUGGGGGAAGCAUAAGAAUAAGCCAGAUAUGAACUAUGAAACUAUGGGACGAGCUCUGAGAUAUUAUUACCAAAGGGGUAUUCUUGCAAAGGUUGAAGGACAGAGGCUUGUAUAUCAGUUCAAGGAUAUGCCCAAAAACAUAGUGGUCAUAGACGACGACAAAAGUGAAACUUGUAAUGAAGACUUAGCAGCAGCUACUGAUGAAAAAUCAUUAGAACGAGUGUCACUGUCUGCAGAAAGUCUCCUAAAAGCAGCAACCUCUGUUCGUGGUGGAAAAAACUCCUCUCUAAACUGCUCCAGAGCAGAGAAGGGUGUAGCUAGAGUUGUGAAUAUCACUUCCCCUGGUCACGAUGCUCCAUCCAGGUCCCCUACUACUACCACAUCUGUGUCAGCAACGGCAGCUCCAAGGACAGUUCGUGUCGCAAUGCAAGUACCUGUUGUAAUGACAUCGUUGGGUCAGAAAAUUUCAACUGUGGCAGUUCAGUCAGUUAAUGCAGGUGCACCGUUAAUAACCAGCACUAGUCCAACAACAGCAACCUCUCCAAAGGUAGUUAUUCAGACAAUCCCUACUGUGAUGCCAGCCUCUUCUGAAAAUGGAGACAAAAUCACCAUGCAGCCUGCCAAAAUUAUUACCAUCCCAGCUACACAACUUGCACAGUGUCAACUUCAGACAAAGUCAAAUCUGACUGGAUCGGGAAGCAUUAACAUUGUUGGAACACCGCUGGCUGUGAGAGCACUUACUCCUGUUUCCAUAGCCCAUGGUACACCUGUAAUGAGACUAUCGGUGCCUACUCAGCAGGCAUCUGGCCAGACUCCUCCCCGAGUUAUCAGUGCGGUCAUAAAAGGGCCAGAGGUAAAAUCAGAAGCAGUGGCAAAAAAGCAGGAACAUGACGUGAAAACUUUGCAGCUGGUACAAGAAGAAAAACCAGCAGAUGGAAAUAAGACAGUGACCCACGUAGUGGUUGUCAGUGCACCUUCAGCUAUUGCCCUUCCCGUAACUAUGAAAACGGAAGGACUAGUGACGUGUGAGAAAUAAAAUAGCAGCCCUACCACGGACUUAAGACUGUUAGUGAUAGUACUAACAUAAAUACUUGCAAGGGAGGUCAUCAAGAAGAGUCAAAAGAAGACUUUAAAACAUUUUUAAUGCAUAUAAGAAAACAAUCAAACUUACUGGAAGUAAAUUACCUAUCCCAUGUUUCAGUGGGAAAUGAACUACAUACGGAGAUGCUGACAGAAAACUGCCUCUUACAGUAGGAAACAACUGAACCCAUCAGUAAGGAAAAGGAUUGAAAAGGGACCAAGCAACUCACUACAAUAUCAAGUUACACUAAGACUUGGAACACUAACAUUCUGUAAGAGGUUAUAUAGUUUUCAGUGGGGAGGGGUUGGGAUGGGUGAUCUCAUUGUUACAUACAGCAAUUUUUGAUGCAUUUUAUAUGCAUACCAGCAAUUAUUACUGUGUUCACACAGAACUCACUUAACUGGUGCUAUGUGAAGACUGCUAAUAUAGGUAUUUUAGAAUGUGAAUUGAAAAAUGGAUCCAAAAGCUUUUCAGAAAGAUAGCAAAAAAGAUCUAGUGCGAUUUUUUUUUUAUAUCAUAUAGCUUAAGCUGAUUUAAAACAAAGGCCUUAGACUAAUUUUGUUUUCUUUAUCGAAAUAAGCUAAUGGCUUGUUUGUGUAAAGCUUUUUUAUUAAAAGAAAAAUUUUAAAAAUCUUGUACCUAGCACAGUAUUGUUAUAGAAUUUACAUGUAACAUUUUAUAUGGUAGUUUAAGUCUGUCAGUUUCCUAAUUGUGGACAAAUUAACAGUUGCUCUGGCCUUUUGCUGUAACCUGCCUGUGUCACUCACUUAGCCCUGGCAUCUGUGCAGACAUAUCAGUUCCAGUUCUACUGUCACUUGGAAGUUCAGGCUCAGCAUGAAUUUUUGUCAGGUAGCUCUAAUACCUGGUGUUUUUGUUUUUUUCCUUCCUUCCUUUCUUUCUUUUCUUUUUUUUUAGUUGAAGUUUAAGAGGGAAAGUACCAGUGUUCAGAUUUGAACUAUAAUAGUUUGUAUAUUCAACAUUUGAAGUAUAUUCUAUUUUGUUGUACUCUUGUUUCAAAGUGUAUUCAAGUAGGUUUUCUGAAAUAUAGAAAUGAAAUUUA